AUGAAAUCGGACAUUAGUCACAGUUCGCGCGAAGAUUCCGUAAUGUUUGCGUUUGCUAAAAAUACUAAUACAACUGUUAAACUCAACUUAGAAGAUAUUUUAACGAUUCAGUAUCUAUAUGAAAGGAACAAACCAGGAAUAACAACAAUAACAACUACUACUACUAUAAAACCACCAAAAACGACUACUGAAAUUCCGACAAAUAAGCCUGGUAAAAUAGAUCUCUGUGAAUUACAAUAUGUGGAUACUAUAUUAAUAUUAAAUUAUCGAAUAUUCGUCACAUAUCAAAGCUAUGUAUGGUCGAUAAAUAUAAAUGAUAACAAAUAUGACGGACCAUUUGAGCUAAAUACUUACAUGAAUUUCCUCCCAAAAAAUUUCUCUUUGUCAGCCGCGUACCAAAGACCCUCGGGUGAAAUAGUACUAUUUAUAAAUAAUAUGGUUUAUAUGGUUAAUUAUCCCAGUUUCAAAUUAAAAGAAGGCUGGCCGAAACAUCUAAAAAAUUUGGGAUUUCCCCCAAAUGUUGUAAUUAAUACCGCGAUAAAUACUCACAAAGGACAAACCUACGUAAUCUUCGAUGAUAACGAUGUGGCGCAAAUAGACGAAUGUACUCUGACUGUUAGUGCAUAUCAAACGUUACAAUCAAUAUUUCCCGGAAUACCGCCAUCUCCAACCAUGGCUUUCCGACAUAUGGAUGAUAAUAUUUAUUUUGCUAAGAAACAACAAUUUUACCAAUAUAACGAAUUCAAGAGAAUCGUGACAAAAGCGGAUUAA